AUUUUGUCGUACAUAACGCUGCUUAAGACGAUUUUCAAGUGCACGGCCCGUUGUUCAUACAGUCGGACUUAGAAAUUUUAUAACAUAGCGUGUAAAUAGAGGAAGAACAAACGGUCAAGAAGAUAAUCAUUACUGUAUACAGAAAGGUUUAAGCCCAUCAACACCACACACAUCAUGUACAUCCGCCCCAUGACCCGGGCCGACACGCCCGAAGUGGCCGCCAUAACGACUGCCAUGUUGGCAGACGACGAGAUCUUCCGCUGGCUCAGCCCAGGCCAGGACAAGUACCCAGACGACCUGCGCCGGUGGCACGUGAUCCGCAUCCGGUCGCGCAUCGCGCAGGCCGGGUCCCAUGGCUUCGUCAUGGCGACCGAGGAGUCGGAUCCAGAGUGGAGCGGGAGGGAGGAGGUGACGGGGUUGGCGUUCUUCAUCAGGAGGGGGGACGACGAGGCGGCGAGGAAGUGGCAGCGGAGUUCGUUGUUGAGGAAAAUCGAUUGUCAUCUUCUGUCAUGGGAGCAGUGGUAUGAAGAGCAUUUUCUUGACCGCGCCCAAGAUACCAAGCGCAUGGAGAUCUACAUGGACAAGCUGCCCACCGACCUGUACAACCUCCUAGGCCCGCGAUGGCACGUUGGUCUGCUCGGCGUGUCGCCAAAGUAUCAGCGCAGGGGCAUCGGCGGCAGGUUGCUGCAGUACGGGCUGAAGUUUGCGACUGAGGAGGAUCUGCCCGUGACGCUGGAGGCGAGCGCCAAGGGCCAUAAUUUGUACCUGAGGUCGGGGUUCAAGAUCAUAGCGGAUGCGGAGAUCGUGGAUGGAUUGAGGAGUGCAGCGAUGGUGUGGGAACCGGAGGGGUCGCGGGGGAGGUGGUUGAGGGAUGUUGGAGAUCAGAGAGCGGAGAUUGUGACAAAAUAUUGAUGGAUUUGAUGGAUUUCAUAUAAAGCGAUUGGAAUGAGAGGUUCAAUGAAUGGCUAUCUCGGAACGUUGGCUGUUUAUUGUCGGUAAUCUCGUCAUAAGAAAUCAAACAUUGUUCGAC